UCCCUAUCAAAUCUAUAUAGUAUAAAAUUGAACUAAUAUUUUAUUUUUAUUGUGGUUCAGUCAUGAAGAGUUUUGUUGUCUUACUUGUGAUUUGUGCUGAAGCAUGGGCUGGUGAUAAAUUCCUUGACUUAGCUCAAGCCGUAAAAGAAUGUGGUGCUGGACCUGGUGGGGCAAAUGAACUCAAGGAAUCGUUGGAUCUACAAAAAGACGGAGCGACAGUCUUCUGCGUAUUGAACAAAAGUGGACUGAUAAACGAAAAUGGAGAUAUGAUCGAGAGUAACGUAAGAGAAAUAUAUAAAAACGUGUAUGGCAGUGAAAAAGAAUUGGACACAGUAAUUCUGAAAUGUGGGACUAAAAAUGGAAAAACUCGCGAAGAGGCAGCUUUUAAUUAUUUUAUUUGUUACCAGACUCUUCCUCCGGAAACGAAAAAACCUUGAUAAAUAUAAUAUAAUAUUUUUGUUGUUUAAAUAAAAUUAGUUUGAUGUUGUGA